GGCUGUUAGGGAAAAACCCAAACUAAGAGAUAAAUAUAAAUAUAGAAGAUAGGGUUUGUCGAAAAUUAGGGUUUAGUGGAAAAUGUUUAAUUUGAGACGUCGUAUUGCAACAGGUUAUCUGAUCCAUCUAUGGAAGAGAGAGACGAGAAUGGUGGUGGUUCCGUUUUCUUCUUCUUCUUCUUAUGCUGCUGAGAACCCCAACAGGCAGAUCACUACUCCUGCGUUUAUUAUGACUUCUCCUGCUGUUGCUGAGAAGAGCUGUAUUUUCGGGAAGCUGCAGCCUUUUGUCGGUGAGACCUUAGAUUUCAUCACAAGGGAGGAAGAGAAGAAGGGUGUUUCUGUUACCAAAGAAGAUCUCGUCAAAUGGGCUAAACAGCUUAAAAAGGAUGGCAAAUUUGAACAUGCCUACGAGAUCUUUGAGUGGAUGGAUAAAAAGAAGAAGAUGGAAUUUUCUCCUUGGGAGCUUGCUGUUUACGUUGGUCUCAUUUGUCAGACUAAAGGCAUAGAUGUGGCUCAAGAAUACUUCAAUAAAGUAGAACCAGUCUUUGACAGAAGCAACAACCUUGCCAAGAAUGCGCCUGCUUAUGUUACUAUUGUGGUGAGGAUCCUUGAAUAUGAUAGGAAAAACUCUUUGUGUCAAGAAAGGCCAAGGCGUGUUCGUCGCAUUCGCAAGAACGUUUAAUAUGAGAGUUGGUGGAAUUAGUUUGUUAAUUUGUGUGUUUUCAUCUCUACUUUUCUGUUAUCCUUCUUUCGUCCAAAACAAUAAUUAUGUAGUCCAUCUUUCUUAAUUUUAGCAACAUAAGCAUGAAAAGAUAAAAAUGAAACAGUUAUUAACCACUA